GCGAGCGGCGACUGCGACUAUCAUUUCCUUCUGAAUUCUCGUCUGUCUCCGGGAUAAGAUGGCUGAGCGAUUAUUACAAUCUAUGUCAAGGGUGGCUGGCCGCUGUAAUCCAGAUUGCGUAAAAGCAAACAAUGAGCAAGAAGAUUACGAUGCAUCUCAAUCGGCAGCUUUGGUAGCCGUGAAUCUGAUUAGCUCUGCAAGGUUUAUGCUCAAGCUCGACACUGAGUUUACCGAGUACUCAGCUCAGUUUCUGAUGGAUAAUGCUGGAAAGGAAGACAACCCGGGAGAAAUGGAUCAACAACGCUGUCAGGUCACUACCGAAAACUGUCUUCGGUACUUGGCGGAACACGUUUGGACCAAGAGGGAAGAUCGGCAGAGAGAAAUGGAUCAACAGCGCUGUGAGCUCACUGUCAAGGACUGCCUUGAACUUGCUUUUAAAAAGGGGCUACCUAGAAGAGAACAUUGGGCACAUUUGGGAUGUACGUUCAAGGCUCCCCCAUUUGCUUGUCAGAUACCUCGCAUUCCCGUGAAAGGAGAAGUAGUUGAGGCUAAGACUUUUGAUGAAGCAGUCAAGCUGUUGGUGCAUCAACCGGUGGGAGCAAAACUGCAUUUGUUCAGUCCGCAAAUUGAUCGUGUUGGAGAGGGAAUUUACAAUGGCCCCGCUACAGGUAAUGAAACGCGCUAUGUUGGACUUAGAGAUGUGCUAAUAGCUUCAGUGGAGGAGUUCGAGGGAGAUACUGUUGCUAUUGUGAAGAUCUGCUACAAGAAGAAGCUUUCAUUUAUCAAAGUGUCUUUGACCCGUAUGUUUCUCUCAGCACCACAUGAUGGUGACGAGUCUAAGUUCAUAGGGCCAACAGAUGAGUCUCAAAAUGCAGCUUUGGUAGCCGUGAAUCUGAUUAGCUCUGCAAGGUUAGUGCUCAAACUCGACACUGAGUUUACUGAGUACUCUGCUCAGUUUUUGAUCGAUAACGCUGGAAAGGAGGACGAGCCGGGAGAAAUGGAUCAACAACGCACUCAGGUCACUACCGAAAACUGCCUUCGCUACUUGGCAGAAAACGUUUGGACCAAGAAGGAAGAAAUGGUUCAAAAACGCUGUGUGCUCACUGUCAAGGACUGCCUUGAACUUGCUUUUAAAAAGGGGCUACCGAGAAGAGAACAUUGGGCACAUUUGGGAUGUACGUUCAAGGCUCCCCCAUUUGCUUGUCAAAUUCCUCGCGUUCCCGUGAAAGGAGAAGUGGUUGAGGCUAAGACUUUUGAUGAAGCAUUCAAGCUGUUGGUGCAUCAACCCAUUGGAGCAAAACUGCAUUUGUUCAGUCCGCAGAUUGAUACUGUUGGAGAGGGAAUUUACGAUGGCCCCGCGACAGCUAAAAAUGGAACACACUAUGUUGGACUUAGAGAUGUGCUUAUAGGUUCAGUGGAGAAAUUCGAGGGAGAUACUGUUGCUAUUGUGAAGAUAUCCUACAAGAAGAAGCUUUCAUUUGUCAAAGUGUCUCUGACCCGUAUGUUUCUCGCAGUACCACGUAAUGACUCUCAGGGCAUAGGGCCAACAGGUCUGCUUGUUGACUUCUGUGUCCCGCGCUUAUCUAUCAAUUAAACAAGAGCUUAGAUCUUGGUAAGUAUCUGGAGCACUUUAUGCUAGUUGUGGAACUUGUUUGUGGUCCUUAAUUAAGAAUGUCGUAUGAGACUAUUUUAUGUAAGUUAAGUAUCUUGAAAACCAUAUCCUAGUUGUGGAACUUGUUUGUUUGUCCGACAUUAUGAUUGUCUUAAGAAAACUUUUAUCUAUAA